AUGGGUGCAGAUCAAUUCUAUGCCAUGAAUGGAGGAGAUGGAUACCAAAGCUAUGCAAAGAAUUCAUCUUUCCAAGGAGGAGCAACAGAGGCUGCAAAUGAAAUCAUCAAAGAAGAAAUUAGCAAGAAACUUGAUUCAACUUCUACAGAUAUUAUCCGCAUUGCAGAUUUUGGGUGCUCUACAGGACCUAAUACGUUCCAUGCAAUGCAAAUUAUCGUUGAAACAAUAAAGAAAAAAAUUGAAACACAAUUUGCAGUUUUUGAUAAGAUGCCUGAGUUUCAGGUUUUCUUUAAUGAUAGGGCUUCCAAUGAUUUCAAUACUCUCUUUGUUUCACUUCGGUCGGAAAGACAGUACUAUGCAGCCGGAGUUCCUGGUUCUUUUCACGGCCGUCUCUUCCCUAAGGCCUCCCUUCACUUUGCUUAUUCAUCUUGUACUCUCAACUGGCUUUCUGAGGUGCCCAAAGAGGUGGUGGAUCCCUUGUCUCCUGCAUGGAAUGAAGGGAAAAUUUUGUAUUACGGAGAUAAAAAUGAGGUGAUCAAUGCUUAUGCAGCUCAAUAUGCAAAGGAUUUCAACUCAUUCUUGAAAGCAAGGGCAGAAGAGUUGGUUUCUGGAGGGCUAAUGGCACUUCUUAUUGGUGUUGAGCCCAAUCCUACUAAGAACGUCUCUAGUAUCAGUUUGCCCUCAUUCGAACUUUUGGGGUCUUGUCUCAUGGACUUGGCUAAGAAGGGACUACUUGAUAUAGCCAAAGUGGACUCAUUCAACUUGCCUUCAUAUUUCCCUUAUCUUAAUGAAUUGAAAGCCUUAAUAGAAAGAAAUCAAGAUUUUAGUAUUGAAAGAAUGGAGAUACUUAGUAAUCCACCAAAGCGUCUCACUACUCCUGACGCCAAAUCAUUUGCCUUGUUCAUGAGAGCAUUGAUUGAGGGACUUCUUCAGAAUCAUUUUGGAAGCGAAAUCAUGGAUGAAUUGUUCAAGAGAUAUGAAGAAAAAGUUGAAGAGUUUGAACUUCUGUUGAAUCCUAAUGAGAAUUCUAUGAUAACGUUUGUCCUUCUCAAGUGCAACCGGAUGACUUGA